AUGCCGUCGCAACGACGGAUGAGGCUUUAUGUCCUCCUCCUCACCCUCACAAUCAUCACUACUCUCUACAUGACGCGGUCGAGCUCGCAGACACGGACCUCUCCAUUCUAUAUCAAGACACAGGAAGCGCUCCAGGCAAAAGACUACAUGGAAGCGUCCAAGCAGCGCGACGCAGACGGCGUGGGCUCGCGCCUGAAAGCCGCAGCAGACGACGCGAAAAAGGCCGCUGAGAAGAAGGGUCAGGAAUACGUUGACUCAGUAACUGGCGGCGACUCAGAUAAGACACCCCGCGGCCGGUACAACAAGGAAGGCAAGCAGCAACCGCUCGAGGGCGUCGCAGCGGUUGGCGGCAGGACGCAGGACAAGACACCGCCCAAGGAGAACGAGACAGAAGAUUACCACGACGCCGAGGUCGAAUUGAACGCCAUCUUGAAGAAGAGCCCAAUCAUCAUCUUCUCCAAGACAUACUGCCCGCACUCCCGAAAAGCAAAGCACAUCCUCCUCGAGAAAUACGACAUCGACCCCGCGCCCUAUGUAGUCGAGCUCGACGAGCACCCGAUCGGCCUCAAGCUGCAGGAAGUCCUCGCAGAUACGACUGGCAGACGGACCGUACCUAACGUGAUGGUCAUCGGCAAGAGCAUCGGCGGCGGCGACCAGAUGCAAGAGCUCGACGAGACGGACACCGUGAUCGAAACCAUCAAGAAGCUGGGCGAGGCGCGCAUUACUCGGGUGACGAAGCGGUCGCAGCAGUCUGAGAUGCGCCGGGUAAGGCGGCAAGCUUGA